GAAAAUAUUUGUUUUUUCCAUGUUAGCGUUUAAGCGUUUAGCCGUGAAAAUGGGUGAAAACUUGGAGAUCACCUAUGAUUUCAAAGAUAAUUUUUAUACAGUUGUUGGUAAUGGAGAAUUCCAUUAUCGGCUUCAGAAUGACAUAGGAAAUAAACAAAAUACUGGUUUUGGUGCUAGCUGUGACCCUACUCCCAGUACAAGUACUGACUUUCAAUCAUUGUGGUCAUCAUGUUCAGAUAUUGAAACCAAUCCAAAAACUGAAUUCAAAUGGACCAAACAGGUUACAUUGCUUCUUUUGAAUUUAUACAAGGAAAAAAAUGAACAAUUCCGAAAUUCAAAAAUAAAAAAUAAAGAUAUUUGGUCAAAAAUAUUAAAAGAAUUUCAAAACAAAGGGUACAUUGUCACAAUAGAUCUGUUAGACAGAAAAUUCAGGAAUAUGAAAAAAACCUAUAAAGACAAUAAAGAUAAAAAAAAGACUACUGGGGAAUCAUCCAUAACAUGGGAAUAUUUUGAAAUUAUGGAUGAGAUCUUUUUCAAUGAUAAAACAAUGAACCCAACAACGACAAUAUCUUCAAUGGAACCAGUUCUAAAAAAUUCCAAAGUAAAUUUAAACUCUGAAGUUAGUACAAUCGUUAAAGUAUCGGACAAGGAGAAUCAGGAACCAAAAGUGGAGAAAAAAUCCGAAAAAGAACUGACAAAAGUCAUUAAAGCGAAAAGAGUCAAGCAUCUAUAUGAUCAUCGAAAAAAAAUACAGGAAAUAGAAAAUCAAAGAUUAGAAGAGGUGCAAAAAUUGAGACAAGCAAUACAGAGAAACAAUAAUAUUCAAGAAGAAAGGAAUGAACUUUUAAGGCAAAUGCUGUCGAGAAAUUGAACUAGUUAGAUAGUUACUUAUAUACAUGUAUUUCUUUUCCUAUUCUAUAAUGUAUGUAAAUUGUUGUGGAUUUAAGUUUAGGUGCUGUAGAAGUUUGUUAAUGUUAAUUUAUUAUUCCUAUUUGUUUCUGGAAAAAACCGGUAAGUUUAAGCGUUGAAUACCUAAGUAUUAUAUAGUUUUUUUUUUCAGUUCCUAUAUUCUGUGAUACCUCUAGGUUUGAAUUGAAGUUAUUAUUAUUAUUAUUAUUAUUA